CCGGAAAUAGAACACUUCCCUCCCUGCCCCUUCUAGUCCUCCCUCCUAGACCCCAAACAUUGCCCUCGCAGGCCCACCCCGUCUGUGCGUUUCCGCUUCUUUCUCGGAUGCCGGGGCGCCCGCCUCUUGAGCUGCAAGGGCUGCUUGCUUUCCUCUUCGCUAUGGGUUUGGUUUACAAGGCACUUUACAUAUGUCAUUUGAUGCUCACAACAAACCAGGGAGAUUCCUUUGAGUAGUACUAAAUGAAAUCUGCACAAGUCUUUUCUGAAUGGAAGUGAAUUUGUUUGAAGCAUAACAUGAAUUGGUUCCUGAUAACACAGGAGUUGAGCUUCCAAAAAUUCAUGAAGCAGUCAGCAUAUAUGGAAGAACUUAAGUAUGACUUCAAUGAAAAGGCUGAAUUAAGACACACAGAAACACAUGAGCCCUUUGUCUUUAAUUAUUACAAAAAUACUCUUGAGAGAAAUAGCAAGCGCUACCAGGCCCUUGGCUAUUUGCUUGAAUGUUACAUUUAUGAGCUCUUGGAGAAGGUAUGCAAACUACACAAAGUAUAUAUCCCAAUCCAGGCUAUCAUGGAACCAAGGAGCUUCUUUUUCAUGAGUGAGAAUGCCUUAACUAAUCCUUCCCUUCUUGUUCUCCUUCAAGACCAUGGAGUUUUUCGGGCUGGGCAGUGGAGUCAACAGACCAUAGUCCGUCAUGGCCUGCAACAUGGAAGUCAAAUACCUUGUAUUCAACUAGCACUGCAAUCAGAUUAUGGUAUCAUUGUUUUAAAUCCUAAUGAUAAUUUCAUGGAUUUAAAGCUAGAAAAAGAGUGUCAAAGUCCUCUAGGAUACACUAUUGAGUCAUCUUCCACAGAAAUGUUUCAGUCUGGGAACCCAUUUUCUUUGUCUAAGGUUGCCCAGUGCAUUCCUAAAAAAUACAGUAGUACACCUGAAGAACAUACUGCCUACAUCUGGAAUCAUUUCAUUUUGAAAAGUGCAGCCAGGAAUGUAGCUUUCAUUGUCCAUGGUUAUGGAGGUUUGGUUUUCAUGGACCUACUUGUUCAGAAAAAGUGGGAAGUAAUGAACAAAGUAUAUGCUGUAGCCCUUAUUGAUUCUGCACACCAUGUAGAGCACCAGCUGGGAAAUGACACACAGCUAUUAGCAUGGAUAAAACACCACUGUCGAGAAUGGAUAACAAGCCACAAGCCAUUGGAUAAACCUGUAGCCACUGUUUUAAAAAUGGAUUGUCCAAAGGUUUCUGCUGGUACAGAAAAUCAUAGCUUAGCACCUUCUACAAGCCUACAAUCAAUUUUCAAAUACCUCAAAAAUGCUUUAAAAGCCAAAACAACUGUUCAUUUUUCUCGAAUGCCAAUUGUAACUAGAAGCUGCACAAAAAGAAAGCAAAGCAUUUAGGAAAAAAGAGAGAUGCUGUGUCUGCCCCUUAGAAAGCUGCAUUAAGAAUGUUAGAAUCAAAAGAGCAGCUUCUACCUCUUCCCAACUUUGGUAUGCUGAAUCAGAAUGCUUCUGAUAACUAUCUGAUUUUGCUUUUUGGUUUUUUUUUUUCUUAAGGAAAUGUGAAUUUGUUUUCAUUUUUCAGACUUUUGUGGGAUAAAGAAAGUAAACUUACAGUCUGCCAUUUUUUUUUCUUUACAAUCUUAUUUUAAAGCCUAUUGUUAGAAUUGUUUGAUUUUUGAAAAGCCAUGUUCUUGAGAGUUUAAAGGUAGUCAUUACAAAUACUGCCACUUAAUUCAAAUUUAGAGCAAGUUAUAUUCUUUGAUUUAUAAAUGGUUUUGAUGACUCUGUAAAACUGACUAAAAUUAAACAUAACAAGCAGCACCCAUGUUUUCUCUUAUUUAUGCACUCCUUUGUUUAACAAAGCAGGAUUAGCUUUGAUUUUAUGGCACAUAGUAUAAUGGUACAUAAGUAAAGUUUCUCUGUGCCAGAAAACCUGAUGGGUAGAGGACAUGCCAUAAUCUUCUCUAGUAAGGGGAAGGAUCAAGGGAUGGGGAAACCUCUUCUAGGAUCUGCAUUUGCAUAAUAAUAACUAAAGCACUUUACAUACAUGACCUUAUUUGAGCCUCACAAAAACCGUUAGGUAUUAUCACCAUUAUGCAUAUAUUAUCAUCAUUUUGCAAAAGAUGAAACUGAGUCUUAGAGAAGUUAAGUGACUUGUCUAUAGUCAUACAAGUAGGUGAUACCUUAUAGUAGAUUAAAAUGAAACUUCUAUCCUACUUGACAAGACAAAUGGAUCCAAAGAUCUUUCUUAUUCUCCCCACUGCUACCAAUGCUCCUUUUUUACCCUAACCCCCAUGAGAAUGGGCUAGAACAGUGUCUUCCUAAGAAGCCACUCAACUGAGUCCACUAUUAAUACUGAGAUAAAAAGCUGCUUGAGUCACUUAAAGAAUGACACAUUUUGAGGUGAAAGGGAUCUUUUUCUAUUUUGUUGAGUCCUAAUUUAACACCAAAUAAAAUGGAUAUUUCCAUAUGCAUAGAUAGAAAAAGAAUUGUAAAUGAAUUGUAAAUGAAAUCCAGAUCUGUUAUAUGCAGCUUGCAUUUCCUUUUGAGCAUAUAAAUUCUACCUGUAGCUUUCAAAGUUAUCUUGCUUAUGCUUCCUUAUGGCUUUCCUUUGCAUUUUUUAAAAAGAUGCUUCAUGACUUUUUUAAUAUUU